AUGGGUUUCAUCCCCAUUUUAAGUUGUUUUCCUCCUUGGCAACUUGGAGCCUCCACUUUGGUGGGUGCCACUGCUAGUUUGAUUAGCAAGUGGUGGGAUAAUUACCCGUCAAUACCAGGGAUUGGGUACGUUCUCCUUAAACUGUACCACAAAUGGGUUGGUUGUUUCCCUUGUAACUAUAAAAACAACCACUUCAAGAUCUUAUGGCAUAAGUGUAUGGUUACUGCUAUCCGGUUUAUCCCGGAUUUCAUUGGAAAUUUUUCCUUUGAAGUGGAUUAUUUCAUUUUGCAUUUGGGUUUGAUCCCCAUUAGUUGGUGUUUUUAUCCUAGGCAACUAGGAUUCUCCACUUAUGUGGGUGCCACUGCUAGUUCGAUUAGCAAGUGGUGGGAUAUUCACCCGGCAAUACACGGGAUUGGGUACGUUAACCUUAGACUGUACCACUUACAGGUUGGUUGUUUCCUUUGUAAUCAUAAAAACAACCACAUUUGGAGCCUUAUGGAUCCUUGUUUGCUUAUUGCUGUCUGGUUUAUCCCAUAUUUCAUUGGAAAUCUUUCCUUUGAAGUGGUCAUUUCUUUAAAGCAAAUGGGUCUGAUCCCCGUCAGUUGGAAAUUUCUUCCUAGGCAACUAGGAAUCUCCACUCUUGUGGGUGCCACUGCUAGUUCGAUUAGCAAGUGGUGGGAUAUUUACCCGUUAAUACACUGGAUUGGGUACGUUAACCUUAGACUGUACCACAAUUGGGUUGGUUGUUUCCUUUGUUAUCAUAAAAACAACCACUUUGGGACCUUUCAAACUCUUUGGUUUUACCAAAAUUUUAAAGCUAAUCGGUCUAUCCCGGUUAUCAUUGGUAUUUUUGCCUUUGAUGUGGAAUUUGGAGGUUUUAUUCUUAAUCUUUUAAGGAUUAACCUUCAGGGGUAUUUUUGGAAUACUCUCUUUAAAAAAGGAAUUGACGGGCUGCAUUUGUUUGGAUGGAUUCCUAAGAAGAAAGUUGGUGAUCUUGAUUUUUUUAAUCUUGAGGAUUAUGGUAUUAUUGCGAUUAUGAGCCUUUUAACUGUUAGAAGUUGGGAUUUAAUUCAAGGGCAAUUUUGGAAUAUUUGGAACAUUAUAUUGGAAGAUUUGUUGAAGAGUAAUUGGUUUAUUUUGGGCAAGAAAGAAGUUGAAGACAAAUUGAAGAAAAUUUGGAAAUGGUGGGAUUUGUUGGGAAAUAACGGUUUUAGCAACGUACUUUCUUGUGUGUUGAAGAUUAUAAUUUGGAGUUUAUUGGACGUUAAAGUGAAGAUUGGAAAGAAUACUAGCAAUUAUUGUGUGGAGAAGAUUGGGAAUAAUUGCAUGAAAAGUAUAGUUCAAAGUUCAAAGUUCAUUGCUAUUAUCGGUAGUAGCUUGGAGUGGAAACAUUUGCAAAUUAUUGAUGAUAUGAAUGAUUUGGCCAAUGAUUCUCUCGAUUUGGAAGUUCCUUGGAAGCAUUGGAAGACAAUCUUUAUUCAAACCUUGGACUAUUUGUUUGAGUAUGAGGCCAUAUUUUGGGUUUUGAAUUGGUGGAAGAUUGGAAGCUUUAUGAAGAUUGAAGAUUUUGUGAAUUGGAAGUUUUUUGGUUUUGAUAGUAUUGUGUAUCUCUUUGAAAGUUAUGUUUGGUUUCACUCCUUGUAUUGGAGUUGGACAUGGAAGUGGAUCGCUAAAUCGGUCACCACACUCAUUAAUAAGUUCGAAUCUGAAGCAAAUUUGAUUGAUCGUAAAAUUUCGUCGGAGCUCAAAGGCGAAGUUUCAGCGGAUAAAAGUGAUAAUAGCGGGAAUGAGAUUGUGAAGCCUUCUAAUGGUUCUGAAGUUGAUGCUAUGGCUCCACUAAUGACUCCAUUGGUAAAUUACAUUACGAUCAAGAAGGAAGAAGUAUCAAUUGAAGAUUUGAGUUCCCCUGUUCUCGAAUUUGAAAAGGACAUCACGCAAUUUUGUAGUCCAGGAGAGAAGGAAGCCAUGAUGGUGUUUUGGAACGGACUAACUUUGAAUGAGAAGGAAGGAUUCGUCCAUGGCUUAAGGUUUAUCAAGAAAAAAUAUAACAAGGAAGGUGAGUUUGAUUCUUCUUUUGAUGAUUCUAUUGAUAAUGUUAAGAAGCUAUCAUCUGUGGAAGCCAACCUUGGGAAGAACCGAGUGCCCUUUAAAUCUACUGCCUCGUUGUUCCCUGUGGCGGUUGACAUGAAGAAAACAUCUGACCUUGAAGCCUCGGAUGGAUUGCAAAAAGUGGGAGAAACUUUGCUAAAUUUCAUUCUUGAAGGAGUUCCAAUUUCGAACAAUAAUACUCCUAUGAUUGUGGAUCUUCAAGAAAUCUGCUCUAUGCGAUCACGGGUAAAGGAAAAGAAAGUUAAAAAGAAGAUUGAAAUUGAUGAAAUGGUUAGUCAACAACUUGAACAAGUUUGUAAUGAAAUUAUAUUUCACUUUCCCAGCAAGUUCAAUCAUUUAGAACUUGCUAAUGAGGGUGAAUUUAAAUUCAAGUAUGUUGAUGAUGAUGAAGAGAAGUAUGAGGGCCAAAUGAAUAUAGAUGAUAAGGAAGAAAUUAGAACAACCGGUUAUAAUAAAAAUGGCGGGCUUCUUAUAACCAAGGAUAUGCUGGAAGAAAUGAAGGCUAGUAAUGCCAAGGGUAAGGAGGAGAUUGCUACCCAUGUGCAAGUUCUGGCGGAAGAAAAGAGUGAAGGUAAAGUCUCGUAUGCUGAAAAAGUGAGUGGAAAGAAAUUGAAUGCAGCUAAUCUUAUAUCAAAAAUUAAAAAGAAUGCAGAUCUUCCGGUUGGAGUUGUGGAAAUGCCCAUUACUGAUAUUCUGAAAGGCUACAGCCCGUUUAAGACUACGUUGUAUGGCUAUUUCAUUGAUAAACAUGUUAACUUCUUUAAUGUUAACAAGUUUGCUCAUAAUAUGUGGAAGAGAUAUGGCCUGGAAGAGGUUAUGGUAAAUGAAGAAGGUAUUUAUUUCUUUAGAUUCAGCUCAGAACAAGGUAUGCUAAAUGUUCUGGAAGGAGGAGUUUGGAUGAUUUUUGACAGUGCCCUCAUAGUGAGAAGAUGGACAACUGGAAUAAGCUCAGCUAGAGAUCAUCAUGACAAGGUUCCGGUUUGGGUUAAAAUCUAUAAUGUUCCUUUGGAAUAUUGGAAUGGGACUGGGCUUAGUCAUAUUGCUUGGGAAAUUUGA